CUACCUGGGUUUAAUCCUUCAGGACUUGACCUUUGUCCACCUGGGGAACCCUGACAUGGUGAUGACAUCAGAGGGUUCAAAGGUCAACUUCUCCAAACGCUGGCAGCAGUUCAACAUCCUGGACACUCUAAGGAGCUACCAGCAAGUGCCGUACUCUCUGCAGCCUAAUGAUGACAUCAUUUCCUUCUUUAACGACUUCAACGAUCACCUGGCGGAGGAGGCAUUGUGGGAACUCUCUCUCAGGCUCCGCCCACGGAACACCCCACGAGCCAAUCAGAGAUGACGACCCAAAGCAGGCUAAACUGAGUUAACCUGCGCUAAGGUGCUAACCUGGAACCUCACAGGGCUAGCCUGAGCUAGCUUCAUGAUAACAUGUUGAUACUGGACACACCUGGUGCUCACCUGAACAGGUGCUGCUGGAGCCCCGCGCACGUCUGAUUCUAAUGUGUCACAUAUCAAGCUAGUCCUGGCUGACAGCUUGCCAAUAGGUGCAACAGCCAGAAUUUACAAAGGUUAGCCAGGUGUUUCUGUUAGCAGAAGUUUGCCAGGUGUUAGCAGAUGUUAGCCAGGUGUUAUUGUUAGCAGAAGGUAACCAAGUGUUAGUAGCAGUUAGCCAGGUGUUAGCAGCAGUUAGUCAGGUGUUAGGAGAAAUUAGCCAGUUAGCAGCAGUUGGCCUGGAGUGAGCCGGGGUUAGCCAAGUGUUAGCAGAAGUUAGCCAGGUGUUAGCAGUGGUUAGCCAGGUGUUAGCAGCAGUGAGCAUAGAGCCAGUCGGGGUUAGCUAGGUGUUAACAGCAGUUAGCCAGGUGUUA